UGGAUUCCCGGCUGUCUUAGGGCACCUGUCCCAUUGGAUUCUCGGCUGUCUGAGAACACCUGUCCCAUUGGCUUCCCUGCUGUCUGGGCAAUAACUGGGAUAACCAGCCUGCAGCUAUUACACUGUAAGGAUCUGUAGCCAUCUAUUCCUGUGUGUGUUGUUUGGUUUCGGUCCUCCCCCUGGGGCUGAGAUCACAGAGGAGCUUGGUGCAGCCAAGGUUGGUAAAAAAUAAAAAAAAGGAUUAGUAAGAGGAAUUGAACCAGUCUAGUCAAAGUCAUCAUGGCAGAAAGCACCACGGGAAAAAGUAACAGUAACAACUGGUGGAAAUCCCUCACUGUCCGUAAAAAGCCCAAGGAAGUUUCCAUGUACAGCGGUUCUACAGAGACCGUGGAGGACAAGACAUGGGGGAUUGGAGGUGGAUCUAGUCUAAGUUCUUCCCCCGGUUCAAGAGAAAAUCAACACCCUAAUUCCAUGCAUAGUGGAGGUACAGAAUUCAACGGUGAUGGCAAGGCAGACAAGACAUUCAACGAGAAGACUGGUCGCAGAAAUCUCAAGAUAUCUCGAUCUGGGCGCUUUAAGGAGAAGAGGAAAGUACGUGUCAGCUUACCAGAAAGCCCUAAAUUUUUUCAGGAGAAUCCAUCCCAUGCAAAUGAUGAGCGUCAAUGAACUGCAACAAUGGGUUGUAAAAGUGCUUAGCAACAGAUCCCGUACAUAAGAGAUGAGCUACCAUUUGGUCUUUGUUUUUUCUUUGUUUGGAUAAUUGAUCCUGCAAUGGUAGGAAAUAAUUUCCUGGUGGUACAUAAGUGGCACCUUACAAACUCUGAGAUGGACUUAUUCACCGAGUGCCUUAUUUGUGGCAAAUUAUAGUUUAUUAUCAAAUAUUUGUGGACUAUAAGUAAAGACAAUUGCACAAAAUGCUUUAAUAAGCAAUUACACUAAAUCGUAAGAGUUGAACGACAUCGUGAAGCUGGUCUAUUUUGUUGUAUUCUUGAAGGGAGAAGAAUAAUCUUUUCAAAAGACUGUCACCCUCAUUGACAGGGAAUUUUAAAAACCGAAUUCUGUACUCAAACUUAUUCACCAACUAGCUGAAUGAGCAGAUUUUUUUUUUGAACGCUUAAGAAAAAAAGCCUUCUAGCACAUAAUUAAUUCUCUGAUGAUUGAUUUAUAGAAAUUCUAAAUAUAUUGAAAAGCAACUAAGCAUUGUAAGCUGUGUGUCACAAGAACAGAAAGAAAUGAUAUGAUGAUGGCCUAUAUUGAUAAUAGGUUGUGAUGUGGUGGUUAGCAUGUCUGACCCAUAACCAAAUAAAUGGGAAUUAAGACUUGCUAAAGAAAAAUAACACAUGAUAUAUUUCCGUGCAUUUUUUUCUUUAUUCUAUAAAAAGAUUUUAGAAUUAUUAUUUUUUUUAAAGUUUGCAUACAUAAAAGUGUCAAUUGCAUAUUGUCAAUAUUUCAUUAUUUGA